AUGCACCAACCAAACCAGUCUCCUCUUCCUUAUCUUAUCGGAGCACCACCCCCACCAAACAAAUUCACGACUGACCUCCUCGGCCACACGCGACCUCCGUUUUGCGUCUGCGUCCUCUUUAACUUGUCGUACUCGAUAUUCGACUACCGCAAUCUUCGACCCCAAGCUCGAGUAUCGACAAUCCCAAUCGAAAUCUUGCCCACCGAAGCUCGAGAACAGAAACAUCCCCGCCACCCUGCAGCCAUGGCGGACCUCGCAGAGAGCACCGCCAAGCUCCAGCUGGACGAGGUGACCGGCGAGAUGGUCUCCAAGGGCGAGCUGAAGAAGCGCAUGAAGAAGCGCGAGAAGGCCGCCAUCACUGCCAAGGCCAAGGAAGCUGCCGCUGCCGCUGGAGGAGACAAGAAGCAAGACAAGGCCCCGCCCAAGCCCAAAGAGAAGCCUGCCGAGACCGUCAUCGACCCCGACAUCAUCUUCAAGACCGGUUUCCUCGACGAAGUCUACAAGCUCCGAACCGUCAAGCCCGUUGUCACGCGAUUCCCACCCGAGCCCAACGGAUAUCUCCACAUCGGACACGCCAAAGCAAUCGCUGUCAAUUUUGGUUUCGCCAAGUACCACGGCGGCAAGUGCUUCCUUCGUUUCGACGACACGAACCCCGAAGCCGAGGAGCAGAAAUUCUUCGAUGCGAUCAAGGAGAUGAUCUCAUGGCUUGGUUUCACCCCCUGCGCCAUCACCCAUUCUUCCGACAACUUCGACCUCCUCUACGAGAAGGCGGAGCAACUGAUCCAACUGGGCAAGGCAUACGUGUGCCAGUGCAACGAUGCCGAGAUAAAGCUCCAGCGCGGUGGUGAGAAAGGCGCUUCUCCCCGCUAUCGCUGCAAGCAUGCGGAACAAUCAGUCGAGGAGAACCUGCAGAAGUUUCGGGACAUGAGGGACGGAAAGUACAAGCCCAAGGAAGCUUUCCUCCGAAUGAAACAGGAUAUUACUUCGGGAAACCCUCAAAACUGGGACCUUGCCGCAUAUCGCGUCCUGGACGCGCCGCACUUCCGCACCGGUUCCAAGUGGAAGAUCUACCCUACCUACGAUUUCACACACUGCCUGUGCGACUCCUUCGAGGGCAUCACGCAUUCACUCUGCACCACCGAGUUUGUUCUCAGCAGAGAGAGUUACGAAUGGCUGAACAAGACUCUGGGCGUCUAUGAGCCCAUGCAGCGCGAGUACGGCAGACUGGCGCUCUCGGGUACCGUCCUCUCCAAGCGCAAGAUCAUGAAACUGGUAGAUGAGAAGAUUGUGCGUGACUGGGACGACCCCAGGCUCUACACUCUGAAGGGUAUCAAGCGUCGCGGUGUCCCUCCAGGCAGCAUCUUGGAGUUUGUCGGGGAGCUUGGAGUGACUACUUCCAACUCGGUGAUCUCGAUUCAGCGCUUCGAGCAAUGCGUCAGGAAAUAUCUUGAGCGGACAGUCCCCCGGUUGAUGCUCGUGCUAGACCCGGUCCCUGUUAUCAUAGAAGACGCUGAUGAGCUUGACGGCACUUCUUUCAGCAUUCCUUUCAGCCCCAAGGAUCCCAAGAUGGGCUCACAUGAGGUCAAGUUUUCCAAGACUGUCUAUAUCGAUCGCUCCGACUUCAGGGAGGAGGCGGAUCCCUCUUUCUUCCGCCUGGCUCCUGGAAAGACUGUUGGCUUGCUCUCAGUACCUUACCCCAUCAAGGCUGUCUCCUUCACGAAGGAUGACUCCACUGGCAAGGUGACCGAGAUCCGUGCCGUUCUCGACAAGGAGACCAAAAAGCCCAAGACUUACAUCCAGUGGGUCCCUCCCGAGUCGGCUGGUUCCCGCAAAGUCGAGGUCCGAGUGUACGGCCCGCUCUUCAAGUCGGAUGAUCCCAACGCGGCUCCGGGCGGCUUCCUCGAGGAUAUCAACCCCGACAACGAAACCAUCUACCGUGAUGCUCUGAUAGAGUCUGGCUUCGACGAGGUAAAGAAGCGGGCUCCGUGGCCCGAGGCAGCGGGCGAGAGCGAGCUGGGCCAGGGCGGACCUGAGAGUGUCCGAUUCCAGGGCAUGCGUAUUGCGUACUUUGCUAUGGACUCUGACUCCACGGACAACCACGUCGUUCUCAACCGGAUUGUGCCACUGAAGGAGGACGCGGGCAAGAAAUGA